CGAUAGCUGUGGCUGCAGCGUGCUGAACUGCGCUGGUCAUGGCGGCCCCCAAAGCGCCUUUAGAGUUUCAUGCCAAGCGACCCUGGCGCCGGGAAGAGGCAGACGGAGAUCCGGACGACGAGGACGAAGAUGACAGCGGCGACGCCGAGAAUGGGUUCUCCCUGGAGGAAGUGUUGCGACUCGGAGGCACCAAGCAAGAUUACCUUAUGCUGGCUGCUUUGGACGAGAAUGAAGAAGUGGUGGAUGGAGGCAAAAAGGGAGCAAUUGACGACCUCCAGCAGGGUGAACUGGAAGCGUUUAUCCAAAGUCUCAGUUUCCCCAAGUAUGCACAGACUGUACUUGAAGAAGAUACAGAAGCUGAAAAAGAAAGUAGCAGCAAAAAGAAAGCACAAGUCUCUAAAGUUGAUCAUAAAAAGCAGAACGUGCCGGCUAGUGAAAAAACAGCCAUCAGUAAGGUGAAAAGUAAUAAGAAGCAGGCAGAAAAUUCUGUUGAGAACAAAAGUACCACACCGAAAGUAAAGAAGGAUAAACAACAGGACAUCUUUGAGUUUUCCGAGAGACAGACACUGCUACUUAAGCCUGAAGGCAAGUGGUAUGACCUGGAGUACAGCAGUGAAUACUCUUCAGAACCCCAGCCCCGGGACCUUGUGUCCAAGUACAGAGUGCUGGCUCAGAAGCUCUAUGAGCAUGAAGUCAGCUUAUUCAGAAGUAAAAGCAACAGCCAGAAGGGAGGCUCUUCCACCUGGAUGAAGGUAAUCGUGUCCUCGGGGACCCUGGGGGACAGAAUGGCGGCCAUGAUCCUUCUUAUUCAGGAGGAUGCUGUGCAUACACUCCAGUUUGUGGAAACUCUAGUGAACCUUGUGAAGAAGAAGGGCAGCAAGCAGCAGUGCCUUAUGGCUUUGGAUACGUUCAAAGAGCUGCUCAUUACAGACCUCUUGCCGGAUGAUCGGAAGCUACGGGUUUUCAGCCAGCAUCCUUUCAACCAACUAGAAAUGCUCUCCAGCGGCAACAGGGACUCCAGAGAUAGGAGACUGAUCUUGUGGUAUUUUGAGCAUCAGCUGAAACACUUAGUAGCUGAAUUUGUGCAGGUCUUGGAAACUUUAGGUCAUGAUUCCUUAGUAGCCACAAAAACUCGAGCCCUUCUAGCAGCCCAUGAGCUCCUUUGUAACAAGCCAGAGGAAGAAAAGGCGCUUCUGGUGCAGGUGGUGAAUAAACUGGGAGAUCCGCAGAACAAGAUCGCCACAAAAGCAUCCCAUCUAUUGGAGACAUUACUGUGUAAACACCCCAACAUGAAAGGAGUUGUGUGUGGUGAAGUAGAAAGACUCCUGUUUCGCUCAAACAUCAGUUCCAAAGCUCAGUAUUACGCAGUUUGUUUUUUAAAUCAAAUGGCCCUCUCCCAUGAAGAAUGUAAUCUGGCUAACAAGUUAAUAACUAUUUAUUUUUGUUUUUUUCGGGCUUGCGUAAAGAAAAAAGAUAUUGACUCAAAAAUGCUUAGUGCCCUGUUGACAGGAGUGAACAGGGCAUACCCUUAUGCUGAGGCUGACGAUGACAACGUGAGGGAGCAGGUUGACACAUUGUUUAAGGUGCUGCAUGUUGUGAACUUCAGUACCAGUGUGCAGGCCUUAAUGCUGCUUUUCCAGGUGAUGAAUUCGCGGCAGACAAUAUCAGAUCGAUACUACACAGCAUUGUACAGGAAGAUGUUGGAUCCGGGGUUGAGGCUGUGCUCCAAGCAAGCGAUGUUUCUUAACCUUGUCUACAAAUCUCUAAAAGCUGACAUCAUGUUACGCCGGGUGAAAGCUUUUGUAAAGAGAUUGCUUCAAAUUACAUGUACACAAAUGCCACCAUUCAUAUGUGGAGCUUUAUAUCUUGUGUCUGAAAUCCUCAAAGUAAAACCAGGUUUAAGAAGUCAACUGGAUGAUCAUCUGGUGUCUGAUGAUGAAGAAAACUUUGUUGACAUAGGAGAUGAAGAUGACAUUGAAAAAUUCACUGAUGCAGACAGAGAAACAGAAACAGUGGGCGAAGGUGAGCCAGAGGAAGCUGCAGAAGGAAGUGAUGCAGAGCCCAGCAAACCAGCAGCUGCUUCCUGGGUGCACUUGGAUAACUUGAAAGGUGGCAAACAAUUAAAUACAUAUGACCCAUUUAGUAGAAAUCCUUUGUUCUGUGGAGCUGAAAAUACAAAUCUUUGGGAACUCAAAAAGCUAUCUGAACAUUUUCAUCCAUCUGUAUCCCUUUUUGCAAAAACCAUUCUGCAGGGAGAUUAUAUUCAAUAUUCAGGGGAUCCACUGCAGGAUUUCACACUAAUCAGAUUCUUGGAUCGAUUUGUGUACCGAAACCCAAAACCACAUAAAGGCAAAGAAAACACAGACAGUGUUGUGAUGCAGCCAAAAAGGAAACAUGUUAUAAAUAAUAUUCGCAACCUUGCCGUCAACAGUAAGGAGUUCCUUGCAAAAGAAGAAAGCCAGAUACCUGUGGAUGAAGUGUUUUUCCACAGGUAUUACAAAAAAUUUGCUACUGUUAAAGAGAAACAGAAACGAAGUGCAGAUGAAGAAAGUAUAGAAGAUGUGGAUGAUGAAGAAUUUGAAAAAAUGAUUGACACAUUUGAAGAUGAUAAUUGUUUUACGCCUGGAAAGGAUGACCUUGAUUUUGCUAGCAAUAUGAAAAAAAAAUCCAAAAGAGUGAAGGAUAAUAUGGAAGAUGAGGAUUCAGAGAACAGUGAUGAUGAAUUUGAUAACCUGGAUGAUGAUGAAGUUUCUUUAGGAAGUAUGGAUGAAGAAUUUGCUGAGCUUGAUGAAGAUGGAGGAACAUUCAUGGAUGUGUCAGAUGAUGAAAACGAGGGUGUUCCAGAACUUGAAGAAGUCAGUUCCACUAUCAGUACUAAGAGAAGCAAGAGGAAAGGUGCAGAUGACUUCGAUUUUACUGGCUCAUUUCAAGGACCAAGAAAAAAAAAGAAGAGAAAUACCAAUGACGCCAGCCUAUUUGUAUCUGCUGAAGAGUUUGGCCACUUGUUGGAUGAAAAUAUGGGAUCGAAGUUUGAUAACAUAGGCUUGAAUGCCAUGGCUAACAAAGACAAUGCAAGUCUCAAGCAGCUGAAAUGGGAGGCCGAACGUGACAACUGGCUGCACAACAGAGAUGUGAAAAGCAUCCUCAGGAAAAAGAAACAUUUCAAAAAGAAGAAGCUGAAAUUCACUCAAAAAACUAAAAAGCAAAGGAAAUGAGUAAUUUAUUAAUUAUGAAUUAAAAUUCUACUUACUCCUAGUUUUUGCUGUUACACCACGUUUCUUGAUCUUGUUCUCUGAUCCCAUACAUUCCAGACUGUUCAACUGAUUUGUAAUAAACUAUAAAUAAAACAGCUGUCAUUU